ACACACAGUGAUGUCUGUGCUCAUGACCAUAACAAAGCAACAAUGCCAGACUGGAUUCCAGCCCGGGGUUGAAGUUCUUUGAGGGCAGAAACGCGCCGAAGCUGUUGCGUGGAUCCUGCAUUCAUUAAUUCAGUGAAGUCUCGCGGUGUCCACGCAACCUCCCAGACAUCUUGCGUUUGUCAGACCGCUACGAAUCUGCUACACGCACGAGCAGAAACGCAGCAGAGUCCCAUCCGGCAGUGCCAUCACAGCUUCACAUGCGGGGGCUGAACUGAGUUUGCGCGCUCGAGACACCCGGAGAGCAUCGCGUGCGGCGAUAUUUUCGAAUUGUGCGUCAUUUCUGCAUUUCUUCGUUUCCACCCAGGCAAUAUGGCAACCCCCGUCGCUGUAAACCCAUCGGAAAUGGGCACGGAUCUGCCGGGACCAGUAGCCAUGCCAGGCGCUGUGGUGGGAGCGGGUCAGGUCAGGAUGGCAGGCGCCAUGCCAGGGAGAGGAGGCAAGCGGAGAUCAACGGGGAUGGACUUUGAUGACGAGGACGGAGAGGGACCCAGCAAAUUUUCAAGGUAUGACGAUGAUCAGAUUCCCGGUGAUAAGGAGCGUUAUGCCAGAGAGAACCACAGUGAGAUUGAGCGCCGCCGGCGUAAUAAGAUGACCCAGUACAUCACCGAGCUGUCGGACAUGGUGCCCACCUGCAGUGCGCUAGCCAGGAAACCAGACAAACUCACCAUCCUGCGCAUGGCCGUCUCACACAUGAAGUCCAUGAGAGGAACGGGGAACACGUCCACUGACGGCGCUUACAAACCCUCCUUCCUGACCGAACAGGAACUGAAACACUUGAUUCUGGAGGCGGCUGACGGUUUCCUGUUUGUGGUGGCGGCCGAGACGGGUCGCGUCAUCUAUGUGUCAGAUUCUGUCACUCCGGUUCUGAACCAUCCGCAGUCCGAGUGGUUUGGCAGCACGCUCUAUGAGCAGGUCCAUCCGGACGACGUGGACAAACUGAGGGAACAGCUGAGCACAUCGGAGAACUCAAUGACAGGACGUAUUCUGGACCUGAAGACGGGGACGGUGAAGAAGGAAGGACAGCAGUCCUCUAUGAGAAUGUGCAUGGGCUCCAGACGUUCCUUCAUCUGCAGAAUGAGGUGUGGAAGUGCUCCACUGGAUCAUAUCUCACUGAAUCGGUUGUCCAGCAUGAGAAAGAGAUACAGGAACGGUCUUGGCCCAUCUAAGGAGGGGGAGGCGCAGUACUCUGUUGUGCACUGUACUGGUUACAUCAAGGCCUGGCCGCCAGCGGGCAUGACUAUUCCGGAUGAAGACACAGAAGCAGGUCAAACCAGCAAAUACUGCUUGGUUGCGAUUGGAAGACUGCAGGUGACCAGUUCUCCAGUUUCCAUGGAUAUGAACGGACUCUCUGUGCCGACAGAAUUCCUUUCCCGCCACAACUCGGAUGGCAUUAUCACUUUCGUGGACCCUCGCUGCAUCAACGUGAUUGGCUACCAGCCUCAGGAUCUUCUCGGCAAAGACAUUCUGGAGUUCUGCCACCCAGAGGACCAGAGUCACCUGCGAGAGAGCUUCCAGCAGGUGGUCAAGCUGAAAGGACAGGUUCUCUCGGUCAUGUAUCGGUUCAGGAUGAAGAACAGAGAGUGGAUGCUCAUCAGAACCAGCAGCUUCACCUUCCAGAACCCUUAUUCAGACGAGAUUGAGUACAUCAUCUGCACCAACACCAAUGUCAAGUAUGUCCAAACUUAUCCUGACUGCUAAUAUAAUGCAAAAUGG